CCGGCCCGUGCAAUCUUGGCCUGAGUUCGCGGAUCACGUAAUGCGCCUGGCCUCGUCGCGAACCGAAAAAGAGAGCGGUCGGAAGAAAACUAGUGCUGCGGGUGGUACUUCUGAGGUAACACAGGGAAGUUCGUCAACUUCCUCGUCAGAGGGAAAAUCUGGUAAAGAUAUUGGCGAAAUUAGCGUUCCCCUUCCGUACUUAGAUCCUAUACUUCUAUUGACGCAUUUGAUGGCCAUGACAACUCAGUACCGCUUGCAAAUGACGGAGGCGGAAACGCUUCUGACGGUGAAAAUAUGCAUCACAAUUCUUCCAUACCUGAAGCUGGAUAGUCCAUUUGCAGAGGGCGAAGAAGAUGAUAAGAACAUGGGCCAUGAUGAUACAGAAGAUGAUAAGAACAAGAGUGGAGCACCGGACUCAUCGGCCGGCAAUGGAAGUGUUAGUUUCCAAGUGUUGACUUUUAUCGUGAAUUUGGUGAUCCAGAACCAUUGGUUGGACAAGUACCUCCUAGAUCUAUGCACGCCCUUGCC